GUCUUUGCUUUUGGUUCUUCAAGCUUCAAUGUCAACAUCUCUUUCGUCUGCUCCUUAUACGUUGCAUAUAUGGCCCGGAAAAUGGAAUUUAUCGUCUAUUGAUCCAAUAUGCCUGGCUGCUGUGUUGUACCUUCAACUAACAAUACCAGGAAAGUUCCAAAUUGUCGAAUGCGUCAAUCCCGACUUGUCUUCGAGUGGUUACCUUCCUUUCCUGACCCAUGGACAUGUACACGUGUCAACACUAUCUGCCAUUAUUUCAUUCGUCACGUCUCUGUCAAAAUCGUCACCGGCAUCCGGAGCAACUGAUAUUGAAGCCUCUCUCAACAACUCUGACAAGGCCAAAAGGACGGCCUGGUUCGCACAUGUGGAGUCAGGUGUGGGCGACUUAGUCUCCCAUAUGUUCUACUCUUUAGAUGCAAACUAUCGGGGGUUGACUCAUCCCACACUGGCAUCUAUGUUGCCUAUACCUCAGCGGUACUACGUGCCUGGUCGUAUACGUGAUUCGUAUAAACCAAGGCUAGAAGCUUCAGAGCUCUGGAGUCUCCCUGGCAUUGAACAGGAGAAGGAGAGUCCUUUCGGUGAGAAGGAAAAGAAAAAGGAUAAUUCCAAAGAUAAGUAUGUUCGUGUUUUCGAGCAGGAAAAGGUACUCGCGAAAGCGCGUUCUUGCUUAGAUUUAUAUGCAAAUCUGCUGCAAGGAAAACCAUUUUUCUUUGGUGAUCGAAUCGCCGUUCUCGACGUCUAUUUCGCAGCCCAUGUUUUGUUGUUGCUGGACGCGCCAUUCCCAGAUCCACUGAUUUCAAGCCUCCUUAAGGAAUCGUAUCCAAGCUUGGUUGAUCAUGCUCGCCUAGUGAAGACGGAGACCUCCGCCCAUGGUGCCACCCAUACAUUGGAAACUUCGCUAUCUCAGUCACUGUCCGCUGUAAUUCCGCGACUUUUCAGUAGCACGCAGAAAGCGGAAGUGAAGUCUGAUGCUGAUGACGUUCGAUUCUCGAGAAUGCGUUGGGCCUGGAUUACCUUGGCUAUAGGCGCUGUGAUAUACCGUCUAUCACAGACCGAUUUGAUAAUACGGUUUUCUCUAGAUGAAGACACUCCAGCAGAUUCAGAAGAAAAUGUGGAAUUAGAGCUAGAGGAAGAGGAAGAGGUAGAGGUGGAAGAAGAUGAGGAAGGUGAUGAAUCUGAUUAAACACUCUCGGUGAUUAGUUUCAUAUUCAUACAUCGGUAUCCUCGAUAUGUUGAGCACAAUAUAAUGGACGGGGUACUUGCCUACAGUUGUAGCUUGGGUAGUUGCACUACUUGUAACUGUUGUUG